AUGAUACUGUCAUUUCUAGCUAAAAAGAGCGCUGUCUCUGACAGAACUGUUCUUUCUUAUCUGUUUCAAAAGCUCAUUGUGGAUGUUGAUAAGACACUGCUAAGCAUAGUGAACAAAGAAAGUAACUCUGAAAAUGCGAAUAGACCAGAUGAAGAUGGUUUAAUCCAAAGCAGAAAUGAUGCAGUUACAGAUAAAGUUGCAGAUAACGUAGUCAAAUACGAAUCAAGCUCUAAAAUGAAGAGGUAUAGCACUGCAUGGCUUAAGCUCUUUGCACUGUUCUUCUUUGUUUCUGUUCUUACGUUUACGAGUUAUUUGUGGCAUGGAUUUAUGUGGAUGGUUCCUCUCUCUUUAUCUCUUAAUCUGUAUGGAAAAUCCUUGAUCUUGCUGCACUCUAUCAGCUUAGUUAUAUACUAUUCAGUAAUAGUUGUAUACUUCACUCUAUACCCCAUAUACUCUCUGUUCGAAUACAUGGUAAAAUCAGAAAGUUUGAAAAUCCGAAAUAGUGUUCUAUACGUUUUCCUGUCUGUGGUGACUUAUUCCACAGCAUGGUUCUUUGCAAAGUUAGCGUGCAACAUGUUUUUGACGCUUAUGGCGAUCCUGCUGUGCAUGAACAAUAUUGGCUUCAUAAUAGCUGUUCUCUUUUUGCUCUUCUACAUCGGGUACUUAGGAAUUGAAUUUGCUAAUCUUUUCAUGGGAGAGAAGCAUGGAAAUACAUGGAGGAAAAUAGGAGUGGCCCAUCAGAUAUAUAUCCUGUAUCUUAUGCUCUCCAGUGUUACUCUGCUUCUAAGCUUCUUUGUGGUGAUUGUAGUUCUCAAACAUCGCUCUCUAUCUAAUAUAAUCUACGGCAUACAGUCAACUCUGGUAUAUUUGUUCAAAUGUUUCUAUUUUCAAGAUAGUGAUGAUGAUGAUGAUUAUGAUUAUGGGAUUAGUGAAUACUAG